CUCUGGUUGUGUACAAAAAUGCCAGCUGAUAAGCAAAGGUGUUACAAAUUUGAUGGAGCUAUUUGAUUUAAUCAUGUGGUAUACUUUAGCAGGAAUAGAUUAAGUUUUAAUGUUCAAGAUGGUUGAAGUUGCUGCAAAUUUGAAGGUCAUUCGUGAGAAAAUCAUUCAAGCAUCAGCCAAAAGAUUACCGGAAUUUAGUUCAUUUGAACCUGCUCUGGUUGCGGUUAGCAAAAUAAAACCAGCUGAAGCAGUAUUAGAAGCUUACGCUGCUGGUCAGAGACACUUUGGAGAAAAUUACGUGAACGAGUUAGUCGAAAAAUCAAGCAAUCCAAAAAUAUUAGAACAAUGCAAAGACAUUCGUUGGCAUUUUAUUGGUCACUUGCAAAGAAACAAAGUAAACAAAGUUUUAGGAGUGACAAAUCUCUAUCUUGUCGAAACUGUUGACAGUGAAAAAUUGGCUUCUGCCCUUGAUAAUGCAUGGCCCAAGUUUAGAAAUAGCAGUGAUUCAAAAUUGAAAAUUAUGGUACAAGUAAAUACUAGCAAAGAAAAUGAGAAGAAUGGCUGUGAAGUAGAAGAGGCUCCAUCCUUAGUCAAACAUGUUUUGGAGAACUGUAAAAAUUUGGAAUUCAUGGGACUGAUGACAAUUGGUCAAUAUGGUUAUGAUGUUUUGAAGGGACCGAAUCCAGAUUUCCUUUCUCUGAUAGAAUGUCGGAAAAAUGUUUGUCACGAAUUGGGGCUUGAUAUGAAAAAUGUUGAACUUUCUAUGGGAAUGUCUAGUGAUUUUGAACAUGCUAUUGAACUUGGCAGUUCGAGUGUGAGAGUUGGUUCUUCGAUUUUUGGCGAAAGGCCAACGAAAACUUAAUUUUACUGAACAGAAAAAUAAAAUAUUCUACAGGAGUUCAAUAAUGAGGUGGCGUACUUAUACAGUAAACUAUUUGGUUUACACCGGGUAAAAAAUUUACCUAAUUACUUUCUGGUCAGAAACUGUUUUCCUGAAACUUAUUUUCUAUUGAAUAUAUAAAACAGUGUAAUUAUGUGAUGCACUCUGAAGACAAUAAAACAUAUUAUAAACAA